AUGACCAAGAUGUCCGACAAGCAACUAGAUUCUCUGCAUAUGCAAGAGCUUGAGGACGAUGAAAUCCCGUCGAUCGACGAAGGUCAGGAGUCGCGUAUAGACUUGGGAAGCAUACAGACAGAUCCAAGGAUUAACUUUGUGAAAUACAUCAAGCUCGGGAAAGGCCUUGACUCGAGAGCGCGCAUCGAAGCGGAUGGAAGUAUCGUUAUUUCCCUCAAUUUGAAGGAAAAACUUCCUGACCUUCCUUCUGAACACGCAAAAGAGGUCAAGGAGUUUGCGGUGGAUAAAUCAGGAUGGAGAGACGCUCCCAAGAUGAAUAUUGUCGUUAUGAUUGUUGGCAGUCGAGGUGAUGUUCAGCCGUAUAUAGCUUUGGGUAAAAAGCUUCUUGAGGAUGGACAUCGUGUGCGCAUCGCGUCACACGAAACCUUUCGCUCUCUUGUGGAAGAACAUCGACUGGAGUUUUUUGAUAUCGGAGGGGAUCCUAGAGAUCUCAUGAGCUACAUGGUUAAGAACCCAGGUUUGAUCCCGGGUGUCGAAUCUCUCACUAAUGGCGAUAUUCCCAGAAAGCGGAAGAUGCUCACCGAGAUGAUCGACGGAUGCUGGGGCUCUUGUCACUCUCCAUGCCCGAAGACUGGCCGUACAUUUGCCGCGGAUGCCAUUAUAUCCAAUCCACCUGCAUUUGCUCAUAUUCAUUGUGCAGAAGCACUCGGUAUUCCAUUACUGAUGAGCUUUACUAUGCCGUGGUCACCCACGACGGAGUUCCAUCAUCCUCUGGUCAACAUACAGGAAUCAAAUGCAAAACAGGGUCUGACUAACUAUCUGAGUUAUGCUCUUGCGGACAUCCUCACUUGGCAAGGACUUGGUGAUAUUGUGAAUAAAUUUCGCUCACGUACCCUUGACCUCAAACCCCUCUCGCUUCGGUCGGGUCCAAGUCUUAUUGAUACCCUUAAAGUACCUUGGACUUAUUGCAUGAGCCCUGCACUUGUUCCGAAGCCUUCGGACUGGAAAAAUCAUAUCGACGUUGUCGGCUUCUACUUCCUGGACCUGGCAACCUCAUAUAAACCACCGAACAAGCUUUCGGCCUUCUUGGCUGCUGGUGGUCCCCCGAUUUAUAUUGGUUUCGGCUCAGUAGUCGUCGAUGAUGCCACCGCUAUGACUCGAACCGUGUUUGAAGCGACAAAGAAAGCGGGCGUGCGAGCUCUAGUGUCUGCGGGGUGGGGUGGAAUAGGUGGUGUGACAGUGCCACCUCAUAUUUUUAUCCUCGAAAACAUUCCCCACGACUGGCUGUUCGACAAGGAGCGAGUUUCUGCGGUUGUACAUCACGGUGGUGCGGGGACAACUGCCGCCGGGUUGGCGAAGGGUAGGCCGACGGUUGUAGUGCCAUUCUUUGGUGACCAAGCGUUCUGGGGAAACAUGAUACACAGGGCUGGAGCCGGGCCCGCUCCUAUCCCUCACAAAGAGCUCAAUGUUGACAACCUUUGCAAUGCCAUCAAGUUUGCGGUGAGCCCUGCGGCAAAAGAGGCUGCCGCGAGGAUGGCGACACAGAUACGGGAAGAGGAUGGCGUCAGGGGAGGUGUUGACAGCUUCUAUAGGCAUUUGCCACUGAAGAAUAUGAGAUGUGACCUUGAUUCGUCGAGACUCGCGGUGUGGUGGUCUACAGAAUAUUGCUUAAAACUUAGCGGAUUCGCCGCUCAAGUUUUGAGUGAUGCUGGUAAACUUAAUAUGAAGACAUUGGAUUUACACCGACCGAAGGAGUAUGAGACGAAGAGUACUAUUACCGAUCCAUUGACGGGUAGUGCAACGUCGAUAUUCUGGACAGUCACUCAUUUCUAUGGUGGCAUUGUACAGAUAUUCACAUCGCCAAUAGAAGGGAUCAUCGAGACAACUACCGCUAUACCUAGAGGUGUUAUGAAGAUUGUGUCUUCCAUACACGAGGGCUUCCAAAAUUUACCAGAGCUAUACGGGUCUGAAGUUCGGCAACCUGGACAAGUUAAGGAUUUUUCGAGCGGUCUGAGAGAAGCAGGAAAGGGUCUCUACUACGGCUACUACGACGGUAUCACUGGGUUGGUCACUGAACCUUGGAAAGGGGCCCAGAAGGAAGGUUUUGUUGGCGCUAUCAAAGGUUCUGCGCGAAGCUUUGCCAAUGUUACACUGCGACCUGCCGCUGGCAUUGUCGGUGUCGUCAAGCAUCCCAUGAAGGGCGCUGUCAAAAGUGUUCAAUCGCUUUUCAGCAAGGAUAAAGAACGCGUCCAGCUUAGAACUCGUGUUUCGGAUGGUCUUUUGGUUGCCAAAGCCGGUUCGUCCUCUCAGAAGCAGGGAAUACUUAGAAGAUUCGAAGAGGCCAAAGCUGGUACGAAGGAAAGGCAAGAAAGGCUUGCGAAGAUGGCAGAAAAAGUCAUUCGUGGGGAGCCACAACAAGGUGACGACGGUGCGACACCAUCGUCAUCCAUAACUACAUCUGCAUCAACACCAUCACAUUCUCGUUUUCCGGAUGUAACCGCGACCUCGCCUCCCACCGGUGACGCUGAAGAAAUAUUUCAGCGGGAACUUGACCUUGCCAUGAAACGUUCAUUGACCGAGCAAUAG